UUUGUGUAGCCAAUUCUUAUCGUCAAUUGUGAUUGUGGGCCGGUCCGGCAGCGCUGGUGCUCCGUCGGGUAAAUGUAGGUGGUGACGGCGCGUGAGAAGCACUUCUUGACAACCAACAAUGGAAGCUCUUGGCCUUGGUUAUGGACUCCCACACCUUUCUCUUCUCAGAAGCUAUCAUCGGCGACAGCAACAAAGGUCGCGGCUCUCUAGUUCAGCCAGUUGCGUCGCACUUUUAGCGCCAAGGUUUUCUCCCAUGUCCGGAGCUUCAAUCGCAAAGUUUCAACACAAAAUUGGAGUAAAAAUGCUAGAGUUGAAGCAGAUAGAAGAAAUUGCUGCUGCUAGAAAAAGAGGGGAUGCUCUGGCAUGUGUGAAUGGCUCCUCAACAUCCUCUAUUUUUCUUCAUUUUCUCCUAAAAGAAGAAGAAGAGGAAGAAGAAAAGGAGGAAGAAGAGGAGGAAGAGGAAGAAGAAAGGUUAACCUCAAAAAUAAAUGACCCAAUUAUGAAUUUCUUCAAGACACGGGUAGAGAAUCCUGACUCAGUUCCUGAUGUGGAUCAUCAUGGCAAGUUCUCUCUCAGUAAGAACCGCAAAACCUCUUGGCACCUUUCUCCUAGCAUUGGUUCAACUAAAGAAAAAGAAGAAAAAGGAGGAGGAGGAGGAGUAGGAGGAGGAGAAGAAGAAGAAGAAGAAGAAGAAGAUGACGACGAUGACGAUGAUGAUGAUUAUGAAAUUGAGAAACUCCAAACUGGCCUUCCUAUUACAAAAGUUGAGGGAGUUGUUGGUGAAAUUCUGGAAAAGGCUAGGAGUUUACCGGAAAAUGUGACAUUAGGGGAAGUUUUAAGGGAGUUUGAAGGGAGGAUUGGGGAGAAGGAGUGCGUGGAGGUGUUGGGGCUUCUGGGAGAAGAGGGUCUGCUCAAGGGCUGCCUAUACUUUUUUGAAUGGAUGAGGUUGAAUGAGCCUUCACUCCUUACGCCUCGGGCAUGUACAGUUCUGUUUCCAAUACUUGGGAGGGCUGGGAUGGGCAACGAGUUAAUACUUCUAUUCAGAAGCUUGCCUAAUCACAAGCCCUUCAGGAAUGUUCAUAUUUAUAAUGCUGCUAUUUCCGGGCUUUUGAGCUCUCGUCGGUACAGUGAUGCCUGGGGAGUCUAUGAGAUGAUGCAAAUGAAUAAUGUUCAACCGGAUCGUGUGACCUGUUCCAUACUUAUUACAGUAAUGAGGAAAAUGGGAAGCACUGCCAAGGAAGCCUGGCAGAUCUUUGAGAAAAUGAAUAAGAAAGGGGCCAUGUGGAGUCUAGAAGCCGUAGGUGCUUUGGUUAAAUCAUUUUGUGAUGAGGGGCUUAAGAGGGAAGCCCUAAUUAUCCAAUCUGAAAUGGAGAAAAGGGGGAUCUCUUCAAAUGCUAUUGUAUAUAAUACUAUAAUGGAUGCUUAUAGUAAAUCAAACCAAAUUGAAGAAGCUGAGGGUCUGUUGGCUGAGAUGAAGAUGAAAGGAAUAUCACCCACGUCAGCCACUUAUAACAUUUUAAUGGAUGCAUAUAGCAGAAGGAUGCAGCCUGAUGUAGUUGAGAAGCUACUAGAAGAGAUGGAAAAUACCGGGUUGGAGCCAAAUGUAAAAUCCUAUACAUGCCUCAUUAGUGCAUAUGGCAGGCAGAAGAAGAUGGGUGACCGGGCUGCUGAUGCUUUCUUGAGAAUGAAAAAGGUUGGUAUAAAACCAAAUUCUCAUUCAUAUGCAGCUCUUAUUCAUGCUUAUUCAGUCAGUGGAUGGCAUGAGAAGGCUUAUAUCGCUUUUAAGAAUAUGCUAAGGGAAGGAAUAAAACCCUCAAUACAAGCUUACACUGCUUUGCUUGAUGCAUUUCGGCGUUCGGGUGACACAGAAGCACUAAUGGAAAUUUGGAAAAUGAUGAUCAAAGAUAAAAUUCAAGGGACUAGGGUAACUUUCAAUACUCUUCUCGAUGGAUUUGCUAAACAAGGUCACUAUGUUGAAGCAAGAGAUGUUAUAUGUGAGUUCGGAAAGGUUGGGUUGCAACCAACAGUUAUGACAUAUAAUAUGUUGAUGAAUGCAUAUGCACGGGGAGGGCAAGAAUCGAAGUUGCCACAGCUUCUGGAAGAAAUGGCAGCACAUAAUCUAAAACCUGAUUCGGUUACCUAUGCCACAAUGAUAUAUGCCUAUAUCCGUGUUCGAGAUUUCAAGAGAGCAUUUUAUUAUCACAAGAAGAUGGUUCAAAGUGGGGAAGUUCCUGAUGCCAAAUUAUAUCAGAAGCUCCGGGCAAUAUUGGAUGAAAAAGCUUCGUUUAAGAACAGGAAGGAUAGGAGUGCUUUGAAGGGCAUUAUUAGAAGCAACAUGGGUGUACUGAAGCAGAAGAAAAGGAAAAAAGAUGAGUUCUGGAAAUAUAAAAAGAAUCGAUCAAGAACUGAUCAAACAGCUCAAUAUCAACGGAAAAUGUUCUGAUUGGCUUCCUUCUUCGAUCACUAUCGGGGUAAUCCCUUUUCAGUUGCGCUUGAUGGAUAUAUUGUUUCUUACUUAUAUGCUACUAAUGGGUUAUAAAAAGAAAUAUCAGCAUGUUGACGAGGAGAGUGGGGAGGUUCUGAAAUUCUUUCCAAGUGGAACUGCUGACAAGAGCCAAGCAGUGGUUGGAUGUAAUUGCUCCUAUUAGCUUGCAGCCAUUCCUUGAUAAAGGAUUUCUUGUAAGAUUUGCCUAGUAUUUUUCAUUCUUUGCUUCUUUAUGUUUGUGGUCACAUCAUUUCUCACAUGGGUGUUUAGUCACCUUAACCUAAAAGGCAAGAGGGUGGCCAAGUAUCAUGUAUAUGGUUCCAAGUUCAUAGGAGUAAUUAUUAAUUAUGAAGUCCCUAGAACUCUAGAAGGCUAGAAUUUCUGCUCUAAUCGCUCCAUGUACAUGUUUGUUAAACGUAUUUUUGUGUUAUCAAUGUAAUCUAUGCCAAAAGAAAAGGUUAAUAGAGUUGUUUUGGAUUGGACUUAAUUCCAA